GGAGUAAAACCGAAAAUCACAAAUGAUGAUCCUUAGGAAUUGUGUAUUUUUCUUUGUGGCAGCUGCACUUGUAUAUAGCAAGCCAAUUCAAAAUGUUGAUCUCGCCGCUGUAAAUACAUUCCUCACCAACCUUGCGGCUUCUGAUGUUCGAACGGACUCAUUGGUUACUUUGAACUACCAGAACAUGGCAUCAAAGAAGAGCCCAGACCACGAUAACGCCAAAGACCCCCUUUUCACAACUGUAGACAAAUCUGUUUUGGGAAGCAACGCGUACAUCACAAUUGCCAAUUUGAUGCCAUUCUUCAACUACGACAGUGAUACCGCAGUGCCGACUUCCGCCGACUACGCUAGCGCAGUCAAAGAUUUUCUUGACAACUUCAUUGCCUCGGAUGCUGUCAAACAAGCAUGGACGUUCCUUCAAGCUCAAGGAGUAUCUACUAGCGAUCCAAUUGAUUUCCGUCAACAACUCUAUAACUUAUGGUUCCUUCCGUAUGCUAGAAACCAAGCUCUUGGAAGCUGCGGAUUCAAGUCUGUCUUUGUCGGAGAAGCCACUGGUACUGUCGUGAACCGUUUUGCUAACUGGGUUGGAUUCUACAUUCAAGAGAAUGCCGGAAAAUUCAAUUAUCAUGGAUGGUUCACCAAGCUUAACGGCAUUGCCAUUGACCUUCAAUUUGUUGCUGGAAGUGAUGAAGAUUUGGAAACUUCCUUCCUUCUUAACUCUUCCCCAACUUUUGAAUUUGCUGCAUAUACCGUUGCUGCCCUUACAAAUACCCAACCAUCAAUUCUCAUUCAAGGAGAGGAAAUUGACAUUCAAGCUCCAACAUUGAGUGUUAACAAAGCCACCGUGCUCGACAAGGUUGUGAUUUCCUUCGGAUCCAGCAGCAAGGCUACCACAAAACACGCUGGGAGUGGAACCACCAAGCACAAUGGUGGAUCCACUGAUGCUGCCCUUCAAACUUUGGUUGAUAAGAUGUGGGGAGAUGAUCAGGAUAGACCAUCUGCCACGCAAGUUACUAUGAAUUGGGGAGAACAUAUCAGUGGAAAGACCGGUACCAAAGGGGCCAAUUUGUUCACCACUGUCGAUGAGUCCAUCUUCACCAAGAAACAGUAUGCAGACCUUAUCACAACAUACACUCAAGACCUCUUCACUGCUGACGUUUGCAAAGCUGAACCAGCUAUGGGAGGAUUCAGAAAACAAUACCUCCAAGGUGUUUUCAACACUUUCACUGCAACCCCAAUGUUUGCAUCGGCAUUUGCUUAUCUUCAAUCGAUCAACUACAAAGAGACUAGCAACUUGACCAACUUCAAAACCAAAGUUUUGUGGCCUUUGUGGUUCGGAACGUACACGCGAUGCAAAGGUCCACUUGGUAGUUCGGGAUGGGAGCAUGUAUUCUCCGGUGAGAUCAAGAGCAACGAAGUCGAUGGACAACACGACUGGGUCAGAUACUACACAGAGCAAAAAGCCGAUAAAAUGGUUUAUGAUGGUUAUUACACUCAUGAUGAGAACUUAAUCGGAACAUUCCAAUACAAAUGGAAUGGAGCCUUGAAGCCAAAGGGUGGAUUUUUCACUGGAACUUCACCAGCAUUCGAUUUCUCAAUCCUAUCUGUUUGUGCACUUGCCCAUGGAAACGGAGGAAACUGCCACUUUAAAGUUACCAACUAUCCUAUUACUGUUACUUCAUAUCUUCAAGAUUGUGGAGAUGGUUCUGGAACUUGCUUGGCCACUGCCUAUCCAGGAUAAUUUAUGACUUGUUCUUGUGGUUUUUAUGUAACAAUUACAAUAAAUUGAUAAUAAGAUU